UCAGGACUGAGCUUUCGACUAACAGGCAUCUAUGUUGAUGACCUUCAGAUAUAUAAUAGGUUUUAUCCCAAAGCAAUAUUUGUCUUUUUAUUAAUUCAAGGAGCCCAAAACACACUCGAAUAUGGGUUGUGGCUCUAGUGCUCUGCCAGUGAAUCCGCUGGACAGCGUAGAGGAGACGCUGAAGGCCAUAAUGAACGGCUCGCUGCCCCCCGAGGCGCUGGACAGCGUUCUCAACCGCUCCAACGUCAACACGAAAUUCGACAUCGACGACGUGAAGGACUUGACACCACUCAUCAUGGCUACCAGUGCGGGCAACCUGCCUGCUACUAAAGCUGUGCUCGCGCUCGGCCCCGACCUGUCAGUGACGGAUGGUGAAGGCAACACGGCACUGCACAUCGCUGUUAAGGCGGACAGACCGGACCUUGUUACGGAACUUAUUACGGCCGGGAGUAACGUUAACUCUAAGAACGAGGACGGCUGUCCGAUCUUAAGAACGGCCAUUAUAGAGAACGAAGACCCAAAUAUUCUAGAGAAGUUACUGCAGGCAGGCGCAAAGACUGACUAUACGGAACCAGAGCCGCCACUGCAGACGGCGGCCGAGAAAGGGAAAAUAGCUCACCUACAGCUACUCCUACAGAAACAUGCCAACCCAAAUGGAGUGAAAGUGAAACUUCCAAGUGGCGAGUCCGUAGAUUUAUUGACGUGGGCGACCAAGGGCGGCCAUUCGUCCAUCGUCGGCAUUCUCGCGCUCGGUGGCAACGACGAUGCAACAGAUUUGCCUGCUGUCGCACGGGACGACGAAAAGGACUCUAAAGGCAAACAUUCUGAUGGUAAAGAUGACGAGGAUGACGGUAAGCCAGCGGACGUGUCACCCAAGACCACAAAGACGUCAUCGCCUGCGAACGACGAUGACUCGAAGCGACAAGGAGGAGAUGGCGCUGAACACACGUCUCAGCACGACGAAGAAAACGACGUGCAGGAAGCUACGCCGGCGCCGAAGCCUGAUUCCUCAGAGCCUGCAGAAGCAAUGGAUGCUUCUAAACCUGAAUAAAUCCUUCUUAUUGUUAUUUUUAAAUUAAAUCUCUAUCAAAGAAAAUUAAAAUGCAAGUAAUUCGUUUGCAAUCUCUAGGACAGCGAAGCUUUUUCGAGUGAAAUUCUUGAGAAUUUUGAUGCUAUCAGGUGAAAUACAUUUUGGACAGAUUUCUCCUUUAAGAAGUCAGCAAUAAGUAUAACAAAUUAUUAAUCGAAGAAGGUGUUUGAAUGAGCCUGUAAUAGGUACUUAUUUACAGUGCCAGUUGUUUUGAUGAAACAUUAAAACUACGGUCACCAGUGGAAAUUUGAUUUUGAAUACUGAUGAUGAAAAGACGCAAUAUGUACGAAAAUUCACAAUGAUAAAUCGUACAGAUGUUAUAAAAUAAGCGAUGAGUUCGGUUAUUAUAAAAAUGUUUCCAGUAACAAAUAAUGCAAAAAAAUUGUUUGAAAUCAAAAUAUCUUUUUUAUUGAUCAUUUAGUUUGAUAGAAAGAAGUUGCUGCAUGCAAUAGAAGUAAUCUGCGUUGUAGGCAUUCGCUGUUCCCACGCACAAACAUUUUACCAUCAGGUCGGCCUAUUUUUAAAAAUUAAUAUUUUAUGCAAACCUAGCACUAGAAUUUGGUAUAUUGUGGACUCAAAAUAUUUCUGUUAAAUACAUAAAUGAAAAAUAAGAUAAAACCAAUGAAACACAUUUAACCCAUUCAUGUAUGAAAAAAAAAUCACAUUUUUAAAGGAAAAAUGUGCGAUUUAAAAAAUAAAACAUUCAUGAAAGUUUCAGUGAGAAAGUUACUUAAA